UGGGGCUGGUUUAGCUGUAGUACAGCCUAGUAGGUGGAGAGAGAAAAGUUAAAUAGACCAUGUGGAAGUGUGUGAAACAGGCAAGAUGAUUCUAGGUACAGUGACUCAAGUAGGCAGAUACUGUGCUCCAAGAAGUAGAGGCUCAAAGUGGUGCUUGUACCUGGUUUUAAGUCUAUUGCUUGUGGGAGUGGUGAGCUACAAGUCUGGUUUCCUGCACUAUAUUCUUGUGGCACAAGUUCUAAAAAGGAGACACUACAGUAUGCAAGAACUCUCUGACAUGAUUCCACAUGAAACCAAUAAACUACUAAACCAUUCUUCAAAGUCAGUGGUUCGCAAGCAAGAGAGACUUGACGUUCAAUCUCAAGAUAUCAUCAGUUGUGAACUUAUAGACCCAAAGGUUGUAUUUGUCAUUCGUAUUGCGAAGUGUGCAAGUACUUCUUUUGUCCAACUCCUGAAAUCAUUGUCUAAAGACUCUGCAUACAAUUUGUAUUUUCACCCGAGUGGAGCUUAUGACUGGGAUGUACGAACUAUGACACAAGUUGCUGAUAUGGCCAAAGCAAAGCACAAGAGAUUUGUGUACGCCCGUCACUUCUACUAUGUUGAUUUUCAUCGUUUCGAUCUAAACGAUUUUUCGUAUGUUACAUUUGUGAGGGAUCCCGUAUCAAGAUUUGUGUCCUCAUUUCUGUACUAUCAUUACAGCAGCAAAGCUCACAUUCAGUCUAUACUCGACCCAACCCAUAAGAAUGAAACUCUACUGAACUGUCUUGACCAGCAACACGAAGGAUGUGCACAUAACUUGAUGACUAGGUACUUUUGUGGUCACCAUCGCUUUUGUAAACUGGGUAAUGAUGCGGCUCUCGCAAAUGCUAUGACAAAUUUGAAUAAAGAUUUUGCUUUUGUUGGAUUAGUUGAAGAAAUGCAAUUGAGUUUUAAGGUACUUGCAAAAACUAUACCUAAUUACUUUGGGAAUCUUAUGACAUCAGAAGCUGGAAUGGUUAAUAAGAAUGAACACCAAAGACAAUUGUCAGAAGUGGAAAUAGAGAGAAUCGAAGAAGCCAAUGCAGCAGAUGUGAAACUGUACAAGCAUGCUCAAACAUUAUUACAUUCUAAAGCUCUAGCAUGUGGACUGAAACAUUGA